AUGAACGUCUCGGUUCUAACAUUUUCUCCGCACCUUGAGAGAAGUUCAUUGCCAAUUCCUGAUGACCUCGUUUUCGAGAUAUUCUCGAGGUUGCCGUCAAAGGCGAUUGCGAGAUGUUGUUGCAUAUCCAAGUUCUGGGCGUCUAUGCUUCGCAGUCAAGAUUUCACAGAGUUGUUUUUGACCAAAUCUUUUGCUCACCCUCAGCUUCUAUUCGUCUUCAAAGAGGACAGAGAGAUUGUCUUUUUCUCGUCGCCUCAGCCUGAAAAUCCAGAAGAGAACUCGUAUGUUGUAGCCGCCAAUCAUCUUGCACGUUUCCCCGGAAGAGAAUUUAGUUGCACCACUGGCUUCUUGUGUUAUGGAGUUAACCUGAUCCGGAAUUGUGAGUUUGAAAAGGUGAUAUGUAACCCCAGCACGGGACAGGCCUUGACCUUGCCAAGAUUAAACUCGAGGUUGAGGGUUGGAAUGGACAGCUAUCUUGGAUAUGACUCUAUUGCGAAAGAAUUUAAGCUAUUGUCAAUGAACAGCUCGCGUGUAACUGAUCGUUGGAUCUCUAAGGAGCACCAAGUUCUGACAUUAGGAACCAAGAAUUCGUCAUGGAGGUUGGUCGAAUGUUGCAUACCACAUUAUACUUCUCGUAAGUGGUUAUGCAUCAGUGGUGUUCUAUACUACGCAGCUUCAGUCAACAGUUCUUCCUUGAAUUCUAUGGUAGCUUGUUUUGAUUUGAGGUCUGAGAAGUUCAGCUUUGUCAAGUUCAUGGAAACUUUCAGUAGAACAAUGCAUCAUUCGACAACCUUGGUAAACUACGAUGGCAAACUAGGUUUGAUUAUGUCGAGGAGUUCUCGUCAUGUUAGUCAAGCAAAUAAAAGUCUUGAGCUGUGGGUUCUACGAGAUGCUGCAAAACAUGAGUGGUCCAAACAUGUACAUGUAUUACCACCUUCGUGGAAGGAUGUGGUUACAGAGACCAUGCGCAUUAUUGGAAUGGUUGGUACCAGUGAAAUCGUCUUGUCCCCCAGCUUUCAAUACGUGCCUACCUAUAUCAUCUACUUCAAUAUCGAGAGCAAGAGGAUCAGAAAAGUUGGAAUCCAAGGACUGGAAGCGUUUCUGGGCAAAAGAUCCUACACGUAUCUCAACUAUGUCGAGAAUGUGAAGUUUAUUUAAGCAUUUU